AUAAACGCUCCCACCACAAUGCCUGGGCCCGUGAAGACCCGUGCGACGUUGUUUGCGGACGUGGCGGCGGAGUUUCCCGAGAAGCAGGGCGUCGCUUUGACAUUCAAGCAGUGGCUUCUGUUUGGGAAGAUGUUUAUAUUCUUCUACAAGAACGGGAUUGUCAACGUUUACAAGAACGGAAAAGCUGCGAGACAGAUCCUUAGCGGGUUGUACGUAUCGAAGAUCGACGAGCAGGGCAAGGACGUCAAAGUCCGUGUGCCUCGGAACGUGACAAAGUUGGACAAAGAAUUGAUGAACACAAUCUACUUGAAGAAUAUUGAGCACGACGUCAAGCUGAGGGCCGAGGGGCAAGCGUCAGAGGUGAUGUCUUCUGAACAAGUAUCUGUGUUGAACAUCUCUAGGUCCCAGUACCAGCUCUUACACAGAACCAGGAAGGACUACCCCAAAUUACCAGCCUUUGCCUUGGCUUUUAUCAUUUUCGAAGAAUUUUUGCCGCUUGUUUGCUACUUUGUGCCGGAGAUGAGUCCUACCACGUGUGUCUUGCCGAUGAUCUUUCCCCGGUUGAUGAAAUCGUCCAUCAAGGCUACUGAAAAGUUGGCAACUCUUCCAGAGGACAUUGAACGUGGGGUUGAGAGGAUCUCCCGCAACACCCCGUAUACCCUCCCGGUGGAGGAAUUGCACCUUCUUGUGAGGUCUUUGAACUUGGUGACCAAGUACUUGCCGCUUUCUGUCUUUCCCGAAACGUAUCUCCGUGAUAAGCUCUCCCAAUACCACACCUACAUCUCUAUCGAUAACCACUUGAUCCAGGCAAACGGUGGGAUCCACCAAUUAUCCACCGUGGAGUUGAUCAAGGCUUGCACCGACAGAACCUUGAUUGAUUUCUCAGCUCAGAGGUAUGCUGACCUUGUGAGCAUCACCGACAAGAACGAUCUCCAGUUACAAAUAUUGCGUGUCAAGUUGGCGGUCUUCAUGACAGACUUGCCCCAGAACCAGGUGGGCUACUUGGGAACCAAC